CGUCUACCACUCAAGCGAUAACCUCUCCAAGUACCAAGAUCAUUAGCAUCAUGAGAGUGAUUGUUUUUUCUUCUCGCUGCCAUGGCAGUCAUCAGCGGUAAUGUAGCUACCAGCGCUGAGCCAAUCCCUUCCUUGACAAAGACGUCGAAGGGUGAAAUCGACGCGAUUGGAGCAGAGGCCCGUGAGAAGCGGUUCCUGCGCAGCCACGAAGUGUCCCAAGAGAAUGACGACGGUGUUACGGACACCAACGACAAUGAAGAAGAAGAGCGAUUGAUUCGUAAGGCCCUGAAUGAUCUCUUGGAUGGGGAUACUGCCCACAAGUUUGAGAAAUGGAUGAGGAAGGGCUACUCCGCGAGAGACAUUUACAACAAGCUCGGUGUGAGCACCCAUAGCGACCGCCUUUGGAUUUACAACAAGUACGUGAACGCCCUCAAGAACUAGGAUCUUGUAGUAGACUCUUUUCAGGCUUGAAACUGCCCUACAGAUUCUGGUGAUCUCACUCGUAGAUUUGGAGCAACAGUCGUUAGAUUCCUUAGCUUUCAACGUGAAUACAGCACCUUUGAACUUCAGAA